UGUUCAUAACCGUGUAGAACAGCUUUCUUUUCUUCAUUGUGAUUGUCAUUCAAGGGAGCAUGUCAUUUGUAAGCACUCUUCGUCAGUGGGAUGAGGCUGUGGCAUGUGUGGAGCAAAGAGACACAGACUCUGCUCUCAGGCUAUUCCUCAACAUCGAAGAGAAAAACUCAAAAAUUGCCUUCAACAUUGGCUGUCUUUAUCUGCACAACAAUGAGUUGGAUGAGGCUGAAAAGGCUUUUGAUGGAAGUAUCGGCAGAGAUGAACACCUGGCUGUGGCCUUCUUUCAGAGGGGAGUUGUGUUCAACAAAAAGGAAAAGUUUGAAGAGUCUCUUCUAGAUUUUCAGCAGGCUUUUAAGCAGUUACGAGGAAAUCAGAUAAUAGACUACAAACCUCUGGGGCUGAGAUAUAAACUAUACGCCUGUGAGGUGCUACAUAACAUGGGAUUGGUACAGGCCCAAUUGGGAAAAUGGGAGAAAGCUCAAGAGAACCUUCUUACUGCACUGAACUUUAGAGCAGAAGCCAAGUUCAGCCAUAUUGACCUCGCCCUGGAUGCCAUACUGAAGCAGAAGCUCUUUUCUCUGGUAGAGAUUCGAGCAGGGCUGCUAUUUAAACCCAAUAAGCACUAUGUGGCAGAGCUGGAGAAAAAGGACUAUCUUGGAAAAGCUAAGGUUGUGUCCUCUGUUGUACCUGCUGAUCAGUUCUCUGGUUUUGCCCCACUGCAACCUCAAGUUGAUAAUAUUCCAUCUACACCAAAAGUGCCAGAAGUCCUGAGGGCACUUGAAGGUGAGCCACACACUGUUCUUUAUGAAUUUGUUCCUGAGACUAAAGAAGAGUUGGCUGUGUUUCCUGGAAACAUCGUCUUUGUUCUUCAGAAAGGAGCUGACAACUGGGCAUCUGUUGUUUUCAAUGAAAAGCGAGGUCUUGUUCCUUAUAAUUUCCUAGAACCCUUGGAUAUUACAAUGACAUCAAAACCAAUGCAGAUUGAAGAAUUAAAUGAAAACGAUGAUAUACCAGCUCCACCAAGAAGAGCACCACCUAGUAAACCAGAGGGUACAAAAGGCCUGAAGACUGUUAAAGCUGAGGCUAAUAACACUGGGAAUUUCUCAGGCUGUAUUGUGAAAGUGCACUUUCAGUUCACCAUAGCAAUCAGUAUUGCACCUGGACAAUCAUAUGGGGUCAUUCUUCAGAUGAUAAGCUCUAAACUUAAGCUGCCUGCAUCAGCACUAACUUUACGUUAUGCCAAGGAAGACUCAAUUGAGAAAGUGACUAUUGAAGACUCUGAAAUGGAGGCUGUUUGGAAUAGUGUGAAUGAUGGCCGUCUUACUCUGUGGUGCUCAAUUUCUGAGGGUAAAAGUGUGUCUCCUGAGAAAGUGGUGGCCCUUUACUCUUAUGAAGCCUCCACCGCAGAAGAUUUGGAUUUCAAACAGGGAAAUGUCAUUACAGUCCUUUCAAAAGUCAAUGAAGAGUGGCUUGAGGGUCAAUGCAAUGGAAAGAGCGGCAUAUUUCCAUCAUCCUUUGUUAAAGCACUUAACGGGGACCGGCAAUGUGAAUGAAUAAGGCCUAAAUCAAAAGUUUCAACUAAUAUCUAGACUUCUAC